AUGGAGCAUCGCCUGUCAGUGUCAUUCGCUCAAUGACACAAUGUGAUGCAUUGUCUCCGUGAUAGACAUGUAUAAUAAGGGGAAAAAUGCACUUCUUAAUUCCCUCCUUGCUGCAUCCCUCACAGGCACAGCAUUAGAGACACGUUCACCACACUUUCCCCCUAAAUUACAUUCCCUCCUUUGCUGCAUACAUCAAUGCAUUUGAGAGAUACAUCACAUUCACCCCCAUGGUGUACCAGGCUGCAAACCCUAUCUGUCAGGUCAUCUCUGCUUGUCUGGUUCCUAAUGGGUCUGACUUUCACGGUUUCCCCCUCUGGUGUGCUUUGCUUACAGGUCCAUUCAUAUUGUUGCGCUGGGCAGCGAGUCCCCCGGGGGAGUGGGGCCCGGGGAAGAGGCCAUGGGUCAGGGCCAGCUCCAGGGGGGCCUGCUGUGGAGCUACUUGGGCCAUGGAGCCGUGGCUGGAGGACCUGAGGAGAGCAGUCUGUCCAACCCGGCCUUCAUGGAGUACACAUCCCGUGUGUUCGGAGACGUCACUGUGGUGGUGCAGGACUGCCCUAGCUGGGUGUGUGUGUGUGUGUGUGUGUGUGGUGAGUCACAGGGUUGUUAUGUAGGUUUGGCCCUGGAGCUGUUAGGGUGGGUGAGUGUGUGGGGGGCUGUGAUAGAGUAAAGGGAAGGGAGGCUGGAAAAGGGGCAGUACAAGAAAGAGGGUUAGAGAGUGAUGCAAGUGAGACCAAACGACGUGCACAGUUCUGUAUGGUGAUAAGAAAGGAUUGAGAGUUAAAACAGACAAGUAGGAAGACAAGGACAUCCUAAUAAAUGUUGUCCUCCCCCCCCCCCCCCCCCCUUUUUUUUUUUUAAAGGAACUCAUUAUGGCUUUCAACUUACUCUUGAAAAUUGUAAUAGUAGAAUGCACAAGGUGCAAUUUUUCGAAAUUGGGUAGUGCGUCAUCAGUUUUUCUCUUGUCAUUUGCAUUUUAGUCAUUUAGUAGACACUCUUAUCCAGAGCGACUUACAGUUAGUGCGUUCAUCUUAAAAUAGCUAGGUGGGACAACCACAUAUCACAGGCAUAUUAAGUACACUUUUCCUCAAUAAAGUAGCUAUCAGCAAAGUCAGAGCUAGAGGGGGGUGGAAGAGUCAAGUGCAAGUGUUGGCUCAGGAAUAUGUCAAACCUUCUAUUCAGUCAAUACCUCAUGUUGUGUUUAGUGGGUUUAAAUUAUUAUUACCUCACUCUGUCGUCUGGAAAAGAUGGCGUCCAGCCAAAUGAAACUAACCAUACUCCAAACCUACAAUAGGAUACGCACCACAGUCUGAACGAUACGAUACACACCACACAGUCUGAACGAUAUGAUACACACCACACAGUCGGAGUGAUACGAUACACACCACACAGUCUGAGUGAUACGAUACACACCACACAGUCUGAACAAUACGAUACACACCACACAGUCUGAGCGAUACGAUACACACCACACAGUCUGAGCGAUACGAUACACACCACACAGUCUGAAUGAUACACUGUUGAUACACACCACACAGUCUGAAUGAUACACUGUUGGUACACAUGACAGCUGGUUCCACCAUUGGGGUGCCAGGACAGAGAAGAGCAUGGACUGGGCUGAGUGGGAGCUGCCCUCCCAUAGGGGUGGGAGGGCCAAGAGACCAGAGGUCGCAGAACGGAGUCCUCGGGUUGGGAUAUAGGGUUUGAGGGUGUAGAGGCAGUUGCUGCUCCAUAGGCAAGCACCAUAGUCUUGUAUUGGAUGCAAGCUUCAACUGGAAGCCAGUGGAGUGUGAGGAGGAGCGGGGUGACAUGGGAGAACUUGGGAAGGUUGAAAAGCAGGUGGGCUGCUGUGUUCUGGAUAAAUUGCAGGGGUUUGAUGGCACAAGCGGGGAGCCCAGCCAACAGCGAGUGGCAGAAGUCCAGACCGGAGAUGACAAGUGCCUGGAUUAGGAACUGCACCACUUCCUGUGUGAGGUAGGGUCGUACUCUACGGAUGUUGUAGAGCAUGAACCUGCAGCAGUGAGUCACUGCUUUGAUGUUUGAAGAGAACGACAGGGUGUUGUCCAGGGUCACGCCAAGGUUCUUUGCACUCUGGAAGGGCGACACUGUGGAGUUGGCAACUGUGAUGGAGAAGUCUUUGAGCAGGCAGGCCUUCCCUGGGAGGAAGAGCAGCUCCAUUUUGUCAAGGUUGAGCUUGAGGUGGUGGGCUAACAUCCAAGCUGAGAUAUCUGCCAGGCACGCAGAGAUGCGUAUCUCCACCUGGGUGUCAGAAGGGGGGAAGGAGAAAAGUAGUUGAGUGUCAUCUGCAUAGCAAUGAUAGGAGAGACCACGUGAGGAUAUGACGGAGCCGAGUGACUUGGUGUAUAGAGAGAAGAGGAGAGGGCCUAGAACCGAGCCCUGGGGGACACCAGUAGUGAGAGUACGUGGUGCAGACACAGAUCCUCUCCACGUCACCUGGUAGGAGCGGCCUGCCAGGUAGGAUGCAAUCGAAGAGUGUACAGAGCCUGAGACGCCCAGCCAUGAGAGGGUGGAGAGGAGGAUCUGAUGGUCCACAGUGUCGAAGGCAGCGGAUAGAUCUAGGAGGAUGAGGACAGAGCGUCAGCUUUGGCAGUGAGGAGAGACUCUGUGACACAGAGAAGAGCAGUCUCGGUUGUGUGACCCGUUUUGAAGCCUGACUGGUUAGGGUCAAGAAUAUCAUUCUGAGAGCGAUAACGAGAGAGUUGAUCAGAGACAGCACGCUCAAGUGUUUUGGAAAGAAAAGAAAGAAGGGAUACAUGUCUAUAGUUUUUGACGUCAGAUGAGUCGACUGUUGGUUACUUGAGGAGGGGAGUGACUCGGGCCAGAGGGGAUGCAGCCAGUGUAAGAGGGGAUGCAGCCAGUGGUCAGGGAUGAGUUGAUGAGGGAAGUGAGAAGAUCUCCAUAGAUGGUCUGUAGAAGGAAGGGGGGUUGGGGUCGAGCGGGCAGAUUGUCGGGCGGCCAGACCUCACCAGUCACAGGAUUUCGUCUGGAGAGAGAGGGCAGAAAGAGAUCAAGGCGUACGGUAGUUCUGUGUGACUGGGACCAGUGGACUCAAUAGGCUGAGUGAAUGAGGAGCGGAUGUCGUCAACCUUCUUUUCAAAGUGGAUGACAAAGUCGUCCACAAAGAGGGAGGAGGGAGGGGGUGGAGGAUUAAGGAGGGAGGAGAAGGUAGAAAAUAGUUUCCUAGGGUUAGAGGCAGAACCUUGACAUUUAGAGUGAUAGAAAGUGGCUUUAGCAGCAGAUACAUAGGAAGAGAAGGUAGAGAGGAGGGAGGGAAAAUAUGAUUGGUCCUCUGGAAGUUUAGUUUUCCUAAAUUUUCGCUCAGCUGCCCGCAGCCUUGUCCUGUAAGCGCGCAAUGAGUCACUCAACCAUGGAGCAGGAGGAGAGGGCCGAGCCGGCCGGGAGGAAAGGGGACAGUGCGAGUCAUAGGAUGCGGAAAGGGAGGAGAGUAGGGUCGAAGAGGCAGAAUCCGGAGACAGGAGGGAGAAGGAUUUAGCAGAAGGGAGAGUUGAUAGGAGAGAAGAGGAGAGAGUAGUGGGAGAGAGAGAGCGAAGAUUGUGACGGCGCAUGACCAUCUGGGUAGAGGCUGAGUGGCUAGGGUUGGAGAAAGGGAGACAGAAAUGGAAACAAAGUAGUGAUCAGAGACCUGGAGGGGGGUUGCAGUGAGAUUAGUAGGAGAACAGACUCUAGUAAAGAUGAGGUCAAGCGUAUUGCCUGCUUUGUGAGUUGGAGGGGAUUGGGAAAGGCUGAGAUCAAAAGAGGCAAGGAGGGCAAAGAGAGAGUUGGAAAGAAAUUGGGAAACGUUGUGAGGUUGAUGUCUUCAAGUACGAAGAGCCAUCGUUAGGAAAUUAGUUUAUCAAGGUGUCAAGCUCAUUGAGGAACUCUCCAAGGGCACAGAUUACAUAGAUUACAACAAUGUUAAACUUGAGUGGACAAGUGACAGUGACAGCAUGGAAUUCAAAUGAGGAGAUGGACAGGUGAGAGAGGGAGAAAAUAGAAAAUGUCCAGUUGGAGAAAUUAGUAAUCCUGUGCCACCACCGCGACGACCAGAUGCUCUUGGUCUAUGAGAGAAAACGUAGUCGGAUGAAGAGAGAGCAGCUGGAGUAGCAGUGUUCUCUGGGAUCAUCCAUGUCUCCGUCAGGGCCAAAAAGUCAAGGGACUGGAGGGCAGCAUAGGCUGAGAUGAACUCUGCGUUCUUGACUGCAGAUCGGCAGUUCCAAACACUGCCAAAGACCCAGAACUCCACAUGGGUUGUGCGCACAGGGUACACUAAAUUUACACUGAACUAAAAUAUAAACGCAACAUGUAAAGUGUUGGUCCCAUGUUUCAUGAGCUGAAAUAAAAGAUCCCAGAAAUGUUCCAUAUGCACAGAAAGCUUAUUUCUCUCAAAUUUUGUGCACAAAUUGUUUACAUCCGUGUUAGUGAGCAUUUCUCCUUUGCCAAGAUAAUCCAUCCACCUGACAGGUGCGGCAUAUCAAGAAGCUGAUUAAACAGCAUGGUCAUUACACAGGUGCACCUUGUGCUGGGGUCAAUAAAAGGCCACUCUAAAAUGUGCAGUUUUGUCACACAACACAAUGCCACAGAUGUUUCAAGUUGAGGGAGCAUGCAAUUGGCAUGCUGACUGCAGGAAUGUCCACCAGAGCUGUUGCCAGAAAAUUGAACGUUAGUUUCUCUACUAUAUGCCACCUACAACGUCGUUUUAGAGAAUUUGGCCGCCUCACAACCGCAGACCACGUGUAUGGCGUCGUCUGGGAGCGAGCGGUUUGCUGAUGUCAACGUUGUGAACAGAGUGCCCCAUGGUGCCGGUGUGGUUAUGGUAUGGGCAGGCAUAAUCUACGGACAACGAACACAAUUGCAUUUUAUCGAUGGCAAUUUGAAUGCACAGAGGCUCAUUGUGACCAACAGGUGCAUAUCUGUAUUCCCAGUCAUAUGAAAUUCUUAGAUUAGGGCCUAAAGAAUUGAUUUCAAUUGACUGAAUUCCUCAUAUGAACUGUAACUCAGUAAAAUCUUAGAAAUUGUUGCAUGUUGUGUUUAUAUUUUUGUUAAGUAUAGAAGGGUUGCAGCCAAGGGCUGGGGAGCGUCUGUAAAGCCUACAGGGAGAGGAGCGAACAGGUAUAGAGAAAAUACACAUAGUUGACAAAGCCACAAAAGAGCAAAAGGAGAUCAUCAGAAAAUACACUAUAUAUACACAAAAGUAUGUGGACACCCCUUCAAAUUAGUGGAUUCGGGUAUUUCAGCCACACCCAAUGCUAACAGGUGUAUAAAAUCGAGCACACAGCCAUGCUAUCUCCAUAGACAAACAUUGGCAGUAGAAUGGCCCGUACUGAAGAGCUCAGUGACUUUCAACGUGGCACCGUCAUAGGAUGCCACCUUUACAUCAAGUCAGUUCUUCAAAUUUGUGCUGCCCGCUUAUUGUGAAGUGGAAACGUCUAGGAGCAACAACAGCUCAGCCACAAAGUGGUAUGCCACACAAGCUCACAGAACGGGACCGCCGAGUGCUGAAGUGCGUAGCACGUAAAAAUCGUCUAUACUCGGUUGCAACACUCACUACCGAGUUCCAAACUUCCUCUGGCAGCAACGUCAGCACAAUACCUGUUCGUCGGGAGCUUCAUGAAAUGGGUUUCCAUGGCCGAGCUGCCGCACACAAGCCUAAGAUCACCAUGCACAAUGCCAAGCGUCGGCUGGAGUGGUGUAAAGCUCACCGCCAUUGGACUCUGGAGCAGUGGAAAUUAAUUAUCUGGAGUGAUGAAUCACGCUUCACCAUCUGGCAGUCCGACGGACUAAUCUGGGUUUGGCGGAUGCCAAGACAACACCGAAUGCUUAGUGCCAACUGUAAAGUUUGGUGGAGGAGGAAUAAUGGUCUGGAGCUGUUUUUCAUGGUUCGGUCUAGGCCCUUAGUUCCAGUGAACGGAAAUCUUAACGCUACAGCAUACAAUGAAAUUCUAGACAAUUCUGUGCUUCCAACUUUGUGGCAACAGUUUGGGGAAGGUCCUUUCCUGUUUCAGCAUGACAAUGCCCCCGUGCACAAAGCGAGGUCCAAACAGAAAUGGUUUGUCUAGAUCGGUGUGGAAGAACUUGACUGGCCUGCACAGAGCCCUGACCUCAAUCCCAUCAAACUCCUUUGGAAUGAAUUGUAACGCAGACUGCGAGCCAGGCCUAAUCGCCCAACAUCAGUGCCCAACCUCACUAAUGCUCUUGCGGCUGAAUGGAAGCAAGUUCCUGCAUUAAUGUUCCAACAUCUAGUGGAAAGCCUUCCCAGAAGAGUGGAGGCUGUUAUAGCAGCAAAGGGGGGACCAACUCCAUAUUAAUGCCCAUGAUUUUGGAAUGAGAUGUUCGACAAGCAGGUGUCCACAUACUUUUGGUCAUGUAGUGUAACUAGGUAAGAUAAGUGAGAGAGUGGUGUGGAGCCUUCCUCUCUUUCCUUCCUCAAAUAACUCCACUUGAACAGUCUUUGUUUUGCCGACGAGACCACCACUUACACCUGCUGCUGAGAAACCAGACUGAAUUACUAACACUAAUUGCUAAUUGCCUAGCAGAGGUGAAGAGCACACCUCCCUGUACUAAUUGCUGAUUGCCUAGGAGAGGAGAAACCACUCCCCCUCCAAUACAGCAACUGGUUACCAAAACAAGUAACAAAUUGCACUACCCCUUAAUCUUGGUUGAUGUGUCAACAAUCAUCUGCAAGUUAUGAGCCUUCAGCAGUUCACACACCAAGUAGGCUACUGGGAAGACAGGCAGCACUUAAAGUAGAUGGCCCUAGCUAGCAAAAAGACAGUACUAAACAACCACAGAUAAAGACAGAAAAUAUACUUAUCACUCCUGGAGAUAUCAGGUGUCCUAUAGAAUGAAGCACCUUAGAGAGCUAUUUACAACUUGUCAGAAAUAUCCAGAUCAACUAGGGCGGCAGGUAGCUUAGUGGGUAAGAGCGUUGUGCUAGGUGAAAAAUCUGUCGAUGUGCCCUUAAGCAAGGCACUUAACCCUAAUUGCUCAUGUAAGUCGCUCUGGAUAAGAGCGUCUGCUAAAUUACUAAAACAUUUUUUAAAUUUAACUAGGCCAUGUCAGCUACGUUUUUUUGCUAGGUUUUGUAGCCCAUAGAUUUUGUAGUAAUGUUCAAGUCACUCAAAUAUCACAUGAAUACACAUUAGACAUGGUAAAAUGUAUAGAUUAGUUUUAAAACUGCAAAAUGUUCUCUGCACCCCAUGACAAAAUGUGUAGAAUGGCUGGAAAUAAGCUGAGCUUUGUCUUCUCCACAACGGUGGCUAAUCUUUUCCCUUUCAGGAUAGAUUUGAUUAGUGGAGACAGACGGAGGUUAUCAGGGGCCAAGCCAGUCCAAUAAGCAGGCAGGGAAGAAAGGCCUUUGUUUUGUCCCAAGACCAUUGUCAUCAUAAAGGAGUUAGUGAGUCACUCUGCAAGCCACCGUUGGUGUUUGUUUACCCGGCUAGCUUGAUUUUGACACGUGUUCUUGAGAUGCAACCGCAUUUUGAAUUCCAAAACGGUUUUCAGCAAGGGCAGUGUAACAAAUCUAACCACUUCUUCUCUGAGGGCGUAGAUGAGAUAGUAUGUAAUUUAGCAUACCACAGCUACUUUUACUAUUUUCAAUCUUUUUCCGGUAUAAAACCUUUAGGGCCUGUUUGGUUUAGGCCAGACCUGGGUUCAAAUACUAUUUGAAAUCUCUUAAAUAUGUGAGCGUUGGCUUUAGCCUGCCUGGAGUACCAGAUGGGUGGGGUAUAACUUUUUGAGGCCACUCUAUUGGUUCCUUUAAGACAGGCAAACUGAAUCAAGCACAACUAAAUAGUACUUGAACCCAGGUCUGAUAGCGAGUCUCAAUUUGCAUUUAUUUUUAGUCCAGGAUGAGGCUUAAUCUGGGUCCGGGAAAUGGCCCCUGUAAUGUUCAUGCAUUCCUAAUGAGAUUGGUGUGUGUGUGUGGACAGGAUCUGUUGGACAGUGACUGGACUGGCGUGCGGAGCGUUCUAGAACAGGCUGACAUCCUGGUCAUCAAGUACUCGGUCAACGACAAGCUGGCCUUCCAGCAAGUGCGCAACGGAUACGCCCCUAGACUCCGCCCCCUCCUACACCACUGGGGCAUGCCUGUCAUUCUGGUUGCCGUGGGCGCCCGCCUAAAUGGUGAGAUAACAUUGGUCUAUCCUUGACCACAACACCAUUUUGUCCUGUUGUGAAGUGUUGUCUGCUUGUGCUGUAAUUUGUAUUGCCGUGUACUUACCACAUGCCAGGUCAUCAUCAUUGACCUGCCUGGUUAAAUAAAGAUGACAUUUUGUAUGGUUAAAUAAAGAUGACAUUUUGUAUAAUGAGUCGAGUGGGGAAGUUUUGCUCGGCAGUCUUACAAUCCACUGCAGUCAAUGGUUGCCUCAUAGCACUUAUAGAAACACUGACAUUGAUUGGAUAUGAGGCUUCUCACACCAGUCAUAAUAGGUUAUGGCUUCCAACCAUGUUAAUGCCAUCUGACAUAACUCUGUUACGAUGCAAUAAACUGAAACUCAACUAAUAUAAUCCAAAAAUCUAAUCUUUAGCAUUUUGUGUCUUUUGGAAAUAUGACUACAUUACAUACUGUAGGAGCAGAGGAAAUGGCUGAAGGAGUGGAUUUGUCUUUUCAGUUAAGAGGAUGAUUCUCAUUUUAUGAUUACAUCUCAAACAGGCCCCAGGCUUUUGCAUUUAAGUAAUGUGUCUUCAUGGCUAAAACAACAAACAAACCAAGCAUAAUCUAGUGCAAGAAAGAAGUAGGCAAUGUCCAAACCCUGACACACACACACGCACGCACACACACACACACACACAUGCUUUGAGUGGUACAGUGAACCUGGUAUUGCCCAGGUCAGUGGUGUUAAACUAGCAAAGUAUUAACCAUCAUCAUGUCUGUGCUUCUGUGUGUCACCAUCUUUUUUAUUUCAGUGGUGUAAACAAAUACACCACAUUCAUGAUGGGUUAUUUUUAGCUCUGUGAGAUACUUUAAGAUCUUGCCAGAGCUUCAUUGCAAGAUGAUAAUAGUAUUUGUUAACUCUUUGGUGGUGAGAGAGGGGGCUUGUGGGAUAGUGGUGGAUCUGACACUAUGUUUUUGUAUUUUUUUGUCAUUGCUUUAUUGUCUGUGCUAAAGCUAUCCCCAAAUGAAUGUGGCUGAUGACAGCUGUGUGCAGUUGUGUUUCCUGUUGCCUUGGUUAGGUGACCUAGGGCAAAAUCAUUGCAGCACAUGUCCCGUACACACACACACGCAAGCACACACACGCACGGAAACAAACACACACACACACACACACACACACACAAACGCACCACAGACAGUGUCUACCUUUCUCUCUAUGACUGCAGUUUUAUUAGCAGAGUGAUUUAUUCCUUGCAUUUGGCACUGAGCAGACCGCCCCACUCUGUCUCUCUCUCUGGCUCCUUCGCCACAUCUUUUUACUUCUCCCUACAUUUCCCUCUUAAACGUAAUCCAGUGUCCACAGACGCAGAGACGCGAUAAUCCGGCGUCCCAUUGUGACAUAGCUGCGUGGCUCUGAGACCACCAUCCGCUGGGGACUCAAAGCCCAACCGCACACCUCCCCAAAAUUCCCAACCAACGUGCCUCUGCGUACAUGUCCUCUAUUCAUUUGAAUGGGGUGACGAUUGGCGAAAUUGCUUGAGCCACGCUGAGAAUUCGAAAAGUAUGAACAGUCCAAUAUUCUAGAACACUGCUGUGUGUACACACAUUUUGGAUUCUGAUAGAUACUGAAUUAUUUCUUCAUAUUCUCGCUUUCUGACUUGGUUUCUCUGCAUGUAGGCUACAGAAUGCGUAUGCAGGGUAUGCCUAUGCAUGCAUUGUAAAUCUAUCUGAAUGUCAGUAUGUGGUUAUAUCUAUGGUGGAUAAAAUAUAAUUUUGAGAUGUUCUGCUGGAAGUUUUGUGGGUGAGACCAUGUUUUUGUGCACUGAGUGUGUGUACGUCACAGGAGGUUGGUGGCACCUUAAUUGGGGAGGACGGGCUUCUGGAAAUGGCUGGAGUGGAAUAGUGGAAUGGUAUCAAAUACAUCAAACACAUGGUGUCCAUGUGCCAUUCCUUUCGCUUUGUUCCGGCCAUAAUUAUGAGCCGUCCUCCCUUCAGCAGCCUCCUGUGGUGUACGUUUAGAGGAGGUAUAUUUAAUCCUGUCUCACUCACCUCUCCUGUCCCCUCACUGUCUAGAUGAGGGGCCCCCCUGCACAUGCCCCCUAUGUGCAUCAGACUGGAGCAGCUGUGUCCCCCACAGCGAGGGCCUGCAGCUCUCUAGGGACCUGGGGGCCACUUAUCUGGAGCUACCCUCCCUCAACCAUGUCUUUGUGAGCCGCUACUUUGGCAGCGUGGUGAGUGUCAGCAUCUGCCAGUUAUGAACGGAUCAUUGUUUGAUGGUGUGAUUUAUGACUGGUGUGUAAUCUAUGUUAUCAUUCAUCAUUGAUGAUGUAGAUCAGGGAUGCAACUCCAGUCCUCAGGGGCCUGAUUGGUGUCACACCUUUGUCCCAGCCAAAGCUAACACACCUGACUCCAUUAAUCAACUAAUCAUAUGAUCUUCAGUAUAGAAUGCAAUUAGUUUAAUCAUCUGUGUUUGUUAGGGAUCAGGAAACAGUGUGACACCAUUCCGGCCCCUGAGUACUGGAUUUGCUCAUCCCUGAUGUAGAUGGCAGAAUGUUAUGUUAUUGGCCAUAGUGCUAGUGGAGAUAAGAAUGGGACUGCCUGCUGUGUUUCAAUUAUGUCACAAUUUUAUCUUGGUGUGUAUGUUUAUGCUAACUAGGGUGUGUUUGUGUAUGUAUUCAGCUGGAGUACUUCAUGAUUCAAUGUUUGAAGCAGAAGGCCAACGAGCGUCCAGAAAAGAGGCGGGGCAACAAGCUGAAUGAGCCCCGCCCCCCUCAUCUGGAACAACCAGGUGAGAGACUGUAAUACUAGAAGAGGGGCACCUUUAAAUCAGUUCUAUGUGUCUAUUAUAUCAACUUUACUUGUGGUGUUCCUCAGGGUUUAAUUCUCAACCCUUUCUUGUUCUCACUGCACAUGCUACUGUUGUUAUAAACAUGCUACUAGAUGUUUAGAAUUAUAUUUUACUAUUUCUUCUCAUAAUCACCCAACCGUAUGCGACUACAUUUUAACCAAUCAAUUACACAGUUGGGUGUUUUAACCAAAUGUAUAGUAGACACAGAAUAGUCAAAUUACAACAUUUCUACAACUGGUCCAAUAUAAUAGAUGCCUUACUUUUGGGGGAUUUAUUUUGCAUGGAUUCAAGGUCUGUGAGAUCUGAAAUGAGAAUACCAGGACUAUUUUUAGCUCAUGAGAUUAAUUUGGAAUUAUGAAAAGAGAGCAAUUGCGCACAUCCAAACAUGCCAGAGGAGUUAAACAAAUUAUUUGGGAGUUUCCCGCCCCCAAAUGGGAUUUUCGACUGAAGCUUAGUGAUAAUACAUCAAUACACAGGUGACCUGACGAAGAUCAUAUAAUGUUGGUUGAAACAUUGUUGAAACGUUGUCGCUGUAUCUUAAGCUUCAAUAGAAGAUCACAUUUUGGGAGUAGCAAACUGUGAGUGGACAUUUGCUUCCUUUUCUCAAUAUAGAACACAAACUUUCAUUGCUUUAUCAAAGUUUAGAAUGAUCUGUUAAUCAGCCCCUCACCCUAUAGUGUUCAUUCUUUGUUUGUUUAUUCCUGUAAAUGUGUAGUACAAAUACUACACCUAUCUGUGUUCAUGUACAGAGCACACGGCUAAGCUACAGUAAACAUACUAAAUAUAGCAUCCUUGCCAUUUAGCCACUAUGUCUGAUGAACUUUGACUUGGUGAUUGACAGUGAAGAGCAGCACUGCCAAAGUAGGUGGGUGGAUGGGCUGGCUGGCUUGCCUGGGGCCCGUCCAACUCUACUUAACUCUCUCUCUGUGUAGUGCAACAUCCAUUAAAUAUGAAGUGCAUUGAUUCCUGGACAACCUUUCCUGUAUACCAGGGCAAAACUGAGUGGCAAUAAAAAAAGUGAUGAGGUGCACAAGGGUGCAGCGUGGAAUAAGCAUAAAUAGGAUUAUAAUAGGACAUUGAUUUACCUUAACACUGGGAACCCCCUAAUCUGUCUCUCGCUCUGUUUACCUUCUACUUAAUACUCUGCUUUUCCCUCAUCCCUCAUUCCCACGCCCAACUCCCUAAACUAACUGUCUGAUGAUCUUUCUGUUCUCCCUCCCUCUCUAUAUUUCUCUCAUUAAUCCUUUGUUCUUCCACCCCCUCUUUCAACCCCUUUCCCUCCAUUAUCUCUCUCUCUGAGCCGCAUACUUAAUGAUGUUGACACUAACUCUCAUUUUCCCUCUAUGCUUUUACUCUCUUUGCUCUCAUUCCGACACUCAUCUCAUCUCUUCCCUUUUCACCCCUGACUCCCCCUCCCCUGAACCCAUCCUUCACUCCAUCCCUCCAGCACGUCUUCCCCCCAUCCGAGUGGAGGAGUCCAGCUUCUCUCAGGACCUACAGUGGCUGCUGGAGCGCGGCGUCCAGUUUGCCGAUGUAGCCUUCUACUCUGGGGACUCUGGGAAGGAGCUGGGCUGGGGGCACGCCGCCGUGCUCUGUGCUGUCAGCCCCUACUUCAGACAGCUGCUGCUGGGGCCCAAGGCCAGUGAGAGACCCAUCUCGCGCUGCGCCUGCCGGGGGGACGGCCGGGGAGACAUGGGACCCCCAUCACUGCUCUCCACCUGGGAUGGGGGUAUGGGCAUGGAGGACGGGUCGCGGCCCGAUGGGCAUCUGGCCGGACGGAUAUCACGCCUGGUGGUGAAGGACCCGCUGCUGUGCCUGUGCCUGUGGGAGACACUCAUGUUCCUCUACCGAGGUAAACGACUGGUUCAAGUGCUGUUCGCUUUGAAACAAGCUUCAAUUUAAAAGUUACUGGAAAAAAAAUUACGUUGCAAUUGCUUUAAGCAUGUGGAGCAGAGAUAGAGAGCGAGGCUGUAGCUAAGUGAGAUAAUGUUGUCUUCUUUUACAAUGAAUCAUUUACCAUCGCUGUAUGAAACCUACUGUUACGACUAUCUGCAGUCUCCAUUAUGUGUGUUUCAAAUAAAAUACAAUUUUAUUUGUCACGUGCCGAAUACAACAAGUGUAUACUUUACUGUGAAAUGCUUACUUACGAGCCAUUUCCCAACAAUGCAGUUAAAAAGAAAGAAAAUUAGCAAAUAGAUAAAAAUAAUAUAGUAAAAUAAUAGAAUACACAAUAAAAUAACAAUAAUGAGGCUAUAUACAGGCUGUAUACAAGGAGUACUGGUACCGAGUCAGUGUACUGGGGUACAAGGUAGUUGGGUGAUUGAUUGAGGUUAUAUGUACAUGUAGGUUUGGUUAGGUGAUUGAUUGAAGUACUAUGUACAUGUACACUAUAUAUACAAAAGUAUGUGGACACCCCUUCAAAUUAGUGGAUUUGGCUAUUUCAGCCACACCCGUUGCUGACAGGUGUAUAAAACUGAGCACACAGCCAUGCAAUCUCCACAGACAAACACUGACAGUAGAAUGGCCUUACUGAAGAGCUCAGUGACUUUCAACGAAGCACCGUCAUAGGAUGCCACCUUUCCAACAAGUCAGUUCCUCAAGUUUCUGCCCUGCUAGAGCUGCCCCAGUCAACUGUAAGUGCUGUUAUUGUGAAGUGGAAACGUCUAGGAGCAACAACGGCUCAGCCACGAAGUGGUAGGCCACACAAGCUCACAGAAUGGGACCGCUGAGUGCUGAAGCACGUAGUGUGUAAAAAUGGUCUGUCCUCAGUUGCAUCACUCACUACCGAGUUCCAAACUGUCUCUGGAAGCAACGUCAGCACAAUAACUGUUCGUCGGGAGCUUCAUGAAAUGGGUUUCAUGGCCGAGCAGCCGCAUACAAGCCUGAGAUCACCAUGCGCAAUGCCAAGCAUCGGCUGGAGUGGUGUAAAGCUCGCCGCCAUUGGACUCUGGAGCAGUGGAAACGCGUUCUCUGGCGUGAUGAAUCAUGCUUCACCAUCUGGCAGUCUGACGGACAAAUCUCCCUGUGCCCAAGAAAGCGAAGGUAACCUGCCUAAAUGACUACCGCCCCGUAACGUUCACGUCGGUAGCCAUGAAGUGCUUUGAAAGGCUGGUUAUGGCUCACAUCAACACCAUCAUCCCAGAAAUCCUAGACCCACUCCAAUUCGCAUACCGCCCCAACAGAUCCACAGAUGACGCAAUCUCAAUCGCACUCCACACUGCCCUUUCCCACCUGGACAAAAGGAACACCUAUGUGAGAAUGCUGUUCAUUGUCUACAGCUCAGCAUUCAACACCAUAGUGCCCACAAAGCUUAUCACUAAGCUAAGGACCCUGGGACUAAACAACUGUCAAGUUUUCCAAAAACUCUGUUAAAUAUCUACUCUGAAUGUAUAAAUAAUGUGUAACAGUUGUGAAUGUGAGUAGUGGAAAUGUCUCAGCGUGUGCAGUGCACUUUCUCAGCAGCAGUGACUUUGGCUCUGUGAUAAGAAAUUACCUUUACAUUUCUAGCCGCAAUCUGUAACGCUUCAGCGAAACAGAUUGAAUAGAGCCCUUAGUGUUUGUGUUGUAGCCUAUACGUAUAUUAGUAUUAGCGUCUAUAUAGUUUAUUUGAGUCUGUUUCUGUGAUAUGAGUAUUAUACACUGCUCAAAAAAAUAAAGGGAACACUUAAACAACACAAUGUAACUCCAAGUCAGUCACACUUCUGUGAAAUCAAACUGUCCACUUAGGAAGCAACACUGAUUGACAAUACAUUUCACAUGCUGUUGUGCAAUUGGAAUAGACGACAGGUGGAAAUUAUAGGCAAUUAGCAAGACACCCCCAAUAAAGAAGUGGUUCUGCAGGUGGUGACCACAGACCACUUCUCAGUUCCUAUGCUUCCUGGCUGAUGUUUUGGUCACUUUUGAAUGCUGGCGGUGCUUUCACUCUAGUGGUAGCAUGAGACGGAGUCUACAACCCACACAAGUGGCUCAGGUAGUGCAGCUCAUCCAGGAUGGCACAUCAAUGCGAGCUGUGGCAAGAAGAUUUGCUGUGUCUGUCAGCGUAGUGUCCAGAGCAUGGAGGCGCUACCAGGAGACAGGCCAGUACAUCAGGAGACGUGGAGGAGGCCGUAGAAACAGACUCCAUGAGGGUGGUAUGAGGGCCCAACAUCCACAUUCUUAAAAUAAAGUGGUGAUCCUAGCUGACCUAAGACAGGGAAUUUUUACUAGGACUAAAUGUCAGGAAUUGUGAAAAACUGAGUUUAAAUGUAUUUGGCUAAGGUGUAUGUAAAUUUACGACUUCAACUGUAUAUAUGAUUAUCAUAGAGGUUCUAUGGUAUAAAUAUAUAUACACUAUUGGUCAAAAGUUUUAGAACACCUACUCAUUCAAGGGUUUUUCAAUCAAUUUUCAAUUUUAUUUUAUAUAGCCCUUCGUACAUCAGCUAAUAUCUCGAAGUGCUGUACAGAAACCCAGCCUAAAACCCCAAACAGCUAGUAAUGCAGGUGUAGAAGCACGGUGGCUAGGAAAAACUCCCUAGAAAGGCCAAAACCUAGGAAGAAACCUAGAGAGGAACCAGGCUAUGAGGGGUGGCCAGUCCUCUUCUGGCUGUGCCGGGUGGAGGUUAUAACAGAACCAUGCCAAGAUGUUCAAAAAUGUUCAUAAGUGACAAGCAUGGUCAAAUAAUAAUCAGGAAUAAAUCUCAGUUGGCUUUUCAUAGCCGAUCAUUAAGAGUUGAAAACAGCAGGUCUGGGACAGGUAGGGGUUCCAUAACCGCAGGCCGAACAGUUGAAACUGGAAUAGCAGCAAGGCCAGGCGGACUGGGGACAGCAAGGUGUCAGCAUGCCCGGUAGUCCUGACGUAUGGUCCUAGGGCUCAGGUUCUCAGAGAGAAAGAGAGAACGAGAGAAUUAGAGAGAGCAUACUUAAAUUCACACAGGACACUGGAUAAGACAGGAGAAGUACUCCAGGUAUAACCAACUAACCCCAGCCCCCCGACACAUAAACUACUGCAGCAUAAAUACUGGAGGCUGAGACAGGAGCGGUCCGGAGACACUGUGGCCCCAUCCGAAGAAACCCCCGGACAGGGCCAAACAGGAAGGAUAUAACCCCACCCACUCUGCCAAAGCACAGCCCCCGCACCACUAGAGGGAUAUCCUCAACCACCAACUUUUCUUUAUUUGUACUAUUUUCUACAUUGUAGAAUAAUAGUGAAGACAUAAAAACUAUGAAAGAACACAUAUGGAAUCAUGUGGGGGGGGGUAUACAGAAGAUAGCCCUAUUUGGUAAAAGACUAAGUCCAUAUUAUGGCAAUAACAGCUCAAAUAAGCAAAGAGAAACGACAGUCCAUCAUUACUUUAAGACAUGCAGGUCAAUCAAUACGGAACAUUUCAAGAACUUUGAACGUUUCUUCAAGUGCAGUCGCAAAAACCAUCAAGCACUAUGAUGAAACUGGCUCUCAUGAGGACCGCCACAGGAAUGGAAGACCCAGAGUUACCUCUGCUGCAGAGAAUAAGUUAAUUAGAGUACCAGCAUCAGAAAUUGCAGCCAAUUAAAUGCUUCAGAGUUCAAGUAACAGACACAUCUCAACAUCAACUGUUCAGAGGAGACUGUGUGAAUCAGGCCUUCACAGUCGAAUUUCUGCAAAGAAACCACUACUAAAGGACACCAAUAAGAAGAAGAGACUUGCUUGGGCCAAGAAACAUGAGCAAUGGACAUUAGACCGGAGGACAUUUGUCCUUUGGUCUGGAUUUUUGGUUCCAACCGCCGUGUCUUUGUGAGACACGGUGUGGGUGAACGGAUUAUCUCCGCAUGUGUAUUUCCCACCGUAAAGUAUGGAGGAGGAGGUGUGAUGGUGUGGGGGUGCUUUGCUGGUGACACUGUCUGUGAUUUAUUUAGAAUUCAAGGAACACUUAACCAGCAUGGCUACCACAGCAUUCUUCAGUGAUACGCCAUCCCAUCUGGUUUGGGCUUAGUGGGACUAUCAUUUGUUUUUCAACAGGACAAUGACCCAACAUACCUCCAGGCUUUGUAAGGGCUAUUUUACCAAGUAGGAGAGUGAUGGAGUGCUGCAUCAGAUGACCUGGCCUCCACAAUCCCCCGACCUCAACCAAAUUGAGAUGGUUUGGGAUGAGUCGUACCGCAGAGUGAAGGAAAAGCAGCCAACAAGUGCUCAGCAUAUGUGGGAACUCCUUCAAGACUGUUGGAAAAGCAUUCCUGGUGAAGCUGGUUGAGAGAAUGCCAAGAGUGUGCAAAGCUGUCAUCAAGGCAAAGGGUGGCUAUAUGAAGAAUCUCAAAUAUAAAAUAUAAUUUGAUUUGUUUAACACUUUUUUUGGUUACUACACGAUUCCAUAUGUGUUAUUUCAUAGUUUUGAUGUCUUCACUAUUAUUCUACAAUGUAGAAAAUAGUAAAACUAAAGAAAAACCCUUGAAUGAGUAGGUGUUCUAAAACUUUUGACCGGUAGUGUAUGUGAGUGUUUAUAUAUGUCUGUCUGUUUCUGUGGUAUACAUGAGUGUUUGUGUGCCUGUGGUUCUGGUGUGAUCCAGGGGCGUGGGAGUGGGAGCACCUCCAGGAAGCCAUGGGGGAGAAGCUGAACAACUCUCUGGCCGUGGCUCAACUCAUGGACCGCAUCCGCUCCUUCCUGGGCAGAGACAAGGUGACCCAGAGGCUUGAACAGAUACACACACACAAACGCAUGUGCGCGCACACACACACACAUGCACGCACGUGUGCACACACACACCCUAUCCCUGAUAUAGCGCAAUACGUGGCUCUGGUCAAAAGCAGUGCACUAACUGAUUAAUUUGGGAUAGAGUAUACUCUCAGAUUGAGCCAAGGGAAUGGGAUGUGGGACUUAACAUCAGGAGAGACACGUGACAUGCAGGGUCAUAAUUAGAUCUGGUUACGAGGAUUAAGUUAAUUGUUUUUCAAUUCCAUCAAAAGCGAAGUGUCACUUUUGCACUCGUUCUUAUCGAGGAGCAUUUCAUAUGUUUGGUUUCAAUCCAUCACUGGAAUUGACUAAGCAGCUGAAAAUCAAUGAUCCAUGCGAUGUUAUAACAAAAUGCAGCAUAAUGAAGCCAUGACUUUGAUAUGCAGACUGCUCUGGAAACGAGCGGGCCUGCCAGUCUGUUUCAGCAUUAGCCAGCUCCAUUGAGGCGGUCUUGGCAGUGAGGCCAGGGACAGUGAAGUUACCUGCUGCUGAGACAGGCUGUUAGACAGGCUAUGUCGAUGCCACGGGGGAGCUAGGUGUGGAAGCUCAGAAUGAAAUUGCACUAAUGCUAGUAAACAGCAACAGUGGCGGAAUUUUCAGACUUAACCCAUGCUGUGUGUGUGUGUGUUUGUGUUUGUGUGCACACAUGUUCCUGUGUAUGUGUUUGUGUGUGCACACUUGUGCCUGUAUGUAUGCAUGUGCGCAUCUAUGUGUGUGUGUUUGUAGGGCCCCAGGGACACGCCCAACGCCAGGGCCGCCCAGCUUGGUCCUCAGUCUCUGGUCAACCUCUUCAACUCUCCUCUCUACUCUGAUGUCAUUUUUAUGGUGCAAGGCAAGUUCGCACACACAUCACACCGCACAUCACACCGCACAUCACACCACAUCACACCACACAUCACACCACACAUCACACACCACACAUCACAUCACACCACACAUCACAUCACACCACACAUCACAUCACACCACACACAAUGUAGUGCCAGGUCACCUUUUUUUAUUACACAUGAUUAGCUGAUUCCUUCAUUGGGGGCUCUCAGGGAGGCAAUCCAUUUCAUUACUGCACCACAGAGACAAAAUGCCGUCAACAUAAUUCAGGGCGAUUCAUAUGACAUACACUUGCUAUACAAUAACCACAGUGCUAGAAGGUCCUUUAGAAAUGUAUGCACAAUUCAUGUCAUUUUGUACAAUUAUUUUAUAUUUUUGGGGGUAUAAACGCUCAGUAAUGUUAAAGACACCCUGAUAUUAUGUUUACAGAUGUGUGCCUUCAUUUAUUUAACUUCCUUUGCUGCAGUAACGGUACAUUGUUAAUAUGAGAAACUCUUGCAUGGUGACGCCAAGCAUUAGCAAUCAUCUCCAAUAACCCAUGUAAUGAAAUACAUUUUUCUUUAUAUGCUCCUGACACUUCAAAUAUCCACUUUGCUGCACGUUCUUCACCUGCGCUGCAUCCAACUGUAGAGAGCACUUUCAUAAGUGUAACAAUGCCUGUCAUUAGAUGGAAAAUACUUCAGGACAACCAUUAUGUCAUGCUUUAUAGUGGUCAUAAGGUCUGGGUUAAUUCAAAUGACCCAUUCCUGAAAGGCAUCAAUUCAUAACUAUGACAGUUUUAGAUUAAAUUCACCUUGCACCUAGACUGUGUAUGAGAAGAUAAUUCGGUAGAUGUGAUUGGUUGAUGUGAAGCUGUAAUGUGGAGGCUUGUCAGUAAAGUACAAGAAACAGACAAUUGCUGUAGGUAUUAUCCUCAGCUGUAUUGUGAAAACCUUCCCUCUUAUAACCAGGGUAUGUCAGGGAAACGAUUAGCAACGGGUUACCGAAAAAGCGCUCUCUUCACCUGAACCACCAUUCAACCCCUCUCCUCCAGCAACUCUUCCUUGAGGUCUUGCUGUGAAGGAGACUGUAUAAAGGAGAAUGGAUUCUAAUUCUCAGUAACCUGGUCAAAAUAAGGAUUCAAUUAACAAACAGACUGUGUGUUUCAGGGAGUGUGUUACUGGCUCACCGGGCGGUCCUGGUGGCCCGCUGUGAUGUCAUGGCGGCUAUGUUCAGCGGGAAGUACGCGGAGGCACGGAGUCGGGUGGUGCCCAUCCACGGAGUCUCCUCUGACACCUUCCUCUCCUUCCUGGAGUACCUUUACACUGACACCUGCUGUCCCGGUGGGUCCACUGCAGUGCAGUAACAAAAACAGGCACAUUAUAGGCCGGGGCCCACCCAUUUCUGGGUAGAUGUGGGCCUUAGACUUCUGUGUCUGAAAACAUUACUACUGGUAGGUGUCAAAUCCUUGCUUCCUCCGCCCUUGUUUCCUCAAUUCCUCGCCUCACUCUCUAAGUUCAUUGGAAGAGCAGGGCCGAGAGAGGGACUGUGGAUCCUCUCCUCCAAUGAGCUAUGAGGGGAGUGUGAGUAAUGGAGGAAACAUGGACGGAUUAAGCAAGGAUUUGAGGGCUAGAACAUUUUUCGCACACAGCCCAGGGGUGGCUGACCCUCCUCCUGGACAGCUAAGGAGUAUGCAGGCUUUUGCUCCAGCCUUGAUCUCACUCAGUGUUUUCCAACUCCAGUCCUCGAAUACCCCUAACAUUAUAGAUUGUUGUUGUCACCCUGGACAAGCACACCUGAUUCAACUUGUCAACUAAUCAUCGAGCCCUCAAUGAGUUGAAUCAGGUGUUUUGUGUCCGGGGAUACAACAAAAAUGUGUGUUGGGGGUACUCGAGGACUGGAGUUGGGAAUCACUGCUCUAACUCAGGAUUUCAAGCUUGAUGAGUUGGUUGUUUGAAUCAGCUGGGUAGUAAUAGGGCAGAAAAUGUAACGUGCACCAAGGAAGGGGCCCAGGACCAAGUUUGGGAAACCCUGCUCUAACUAACACUUGGAUUCAGCAAAUGAAGGUCCUUAUUAUGAGCAGCUGAUUCCCUAGAAGCAGGUGUGAUUCAGCAGGGCUGGAGCAAAAGCUUGCGCUCCCAGCUGAACAGAUAGAAAUGUAAUAAAUAGAGCACACACAAUCCUCUGUCACGUGGAUAGAAUGAGAACCGCCUGUUCCAUGCGUUGUAUUUCUAUCUGCAACCUAUCAGUGAACAAGCCUCGGGUCCUCAAUGCUGCUCAGUACAGGCUGUGAAAUUAAUGGCGGUGGAUUUACACUCUCAGAUGGGACAAACAGUAUCUCAUAAGGCCCAGAGGGAUAUGACUGACAGUUCCCCCAAAAUGAUUGACAGGCUGGGGGAAGAUCAAGAGCAAUUGGAGUGGACACUGUGAUAUGAUGGAUAGUACCAUAGGCCGAUUUGUUUGAAGGGGGGACUUUGUGUGUUUGUGAUGUUAUCUUGGGGUUGGUAUAUGUUUCCCAGCUGUGUAAUGUGAUAUGAUUGACAGUACAGCAAAUGGAGGCAUUUGACCACGGUGUGCGUGUGUUAUAAAUCACAACAGUGUGCAUUUCAACCACAAUUUACAAUCAAAUAUGUGCAUGAGUAUGAUCAUUUUCUAAACGAAGCUCCAGUAUGUUUGACAGUGUCUCUGUGUGUGUGUCCAGCCAGUGUAUUGCAGGCCAUGGCCGUGAUGGUCUGUGCAGAGAUGUACCAGGUGAAGCGUCUACAGCACCUGUGUGAGGUGUGUGUGUGUGCCUACCUCCAGAGCAUGCCUAGCCGAGAGCUGGCAUCAACCGGCAUCAGUGUGAUCCGCCUUCUCCGCAGGGCUAAGGUGAGUGUGUGUGUGUGAGAGAUAUAUUCUCAAUUCCAAAUCGACCCCGACCCCUUACCCUCUCCACACUCCUAUAGAUCUGAAACAUUGGAUCGGUGUAAGCAAUAUGGUGAAGAUUCUCAUACCCAUAUUCAGAUAUACAGGAGUGCCUAGAGCAGGGCCAAAUCCCUUCUGGUUUAUGUUUUUACCUGGUAGUGAAUUACACUCACAUGGUGUCCCAGGUCUGAAUCAGUCUCUGGUCUGAUGGAGGGAUGAAAACCAGAAGUGUUUUGGCCCCCCAGGACCGGAGUUGAACAGCCCUGGCCUAGGGGAAGGAUUUGGUAUUCAGCAAGAGAGAGUGUGUAUGUGUUCUCUCUUCUGUGUAUGUGGCUAGCUCCCACAAUCCUCAAUGGCCUCCUUUCCUUCACUACCUGACGAAGACCAUGGGUCUCUCCUUAUCUGACGAAGACCAUGGGUCUAUCCUUAGCUGAUGAAGACCAUGCGUCUCUCCUUAUCUGAUGAAGACCAUGGGUCUUUCUUUAGCUGAUGAAGACCAUGGGUCUGUCCUUAGCUGACGAAGACCAUGGGUCUAUCCUUAGCUGACAAAGACCAUGGGUCUAAAUAAUAUUCCUCUGCUUGUAUCCAUUCCUUAUCUGCACUGACACACGAGCUUAACUCCAGCAGCAUCCACCACAUCGCUUUCCAGAGAGAUGAGACAAGGAGAGGAAAACACUUCAGACUAUUGAGAUGCACCCCAAGGUUUCAACAAGGUUUAUAACUAUGCCAAUAAAGAGAGAAAUAAUUAAAUAAUGAUAGUAUCACCUAUACAGCUCUUUCAAACCAUUGGUUAAAAAGCUCUUGAGGCAAGGAGAGCAUAAGCAUGCAUGCACAUUGCACACAGUUGGAAAAUUACACUUUCCAUGUGGAAGUCAUUGUUGGUGUUAGAAUAUAAGGCAGAAUCAAUUUUAAAAGCUGCAAAUAGCUGACUUCCCUUCUCCAUAUCACUCUCUUUUUAGAAUACACAGGGCAGAAUACAUCAUCUUCAAUCGUUACACAGUACAUAUUUUCCCAAAUAGCUGACACUGACACACGUUUACAUGCGCACCAAUAUCCCGUUAUUAUUCGGGAUACUCAAGUAUUCUGUUUUUGAGUUGAUGCAUAUAAACAUCAUAUCCCGUUUACAAUAACCCUGCAUUUUUUUAAUCCCGGUUAUGAAAAACCUGAAUAAGAAGCCUGGGCUAUGCCUAUUUUAGACUUGAUCCUAUGGCAUGUAAACAUGUUAGCCCGUUUCCUGUUGUUUUUCAAGGUCUGCGCAGGUUCAGUUCCGCAUAUCAUGGAUGUUGUGCGGUGACGUUUUCAUCUGAUUGUCAAACAAAUCAUUUCAAAAAGUAGGCUACCUGCGCAGUUCGAUCCACCAUAAUAAUUUAUUUUGCUGAUACUCCGUACUGGACCAUAUAGCCUACUUUCACCCCUAAUUUAGACACGUUUCUGUUUAUAAUUUCCGACAUUUGGUAGGCCAUUUAUUUGUCAACUAUAGUUAGAUACAUGCAGCUUCUCUUCUGUCAUAACUUGUUGCCCUAUGAGACUAAAAUAAAGUAGUGCUCAUUAGAAUAAUGUCUUACGUCGAUAUAGUUAAUUAGUAAUCUAGUUAACACCGGUAAAGUUGUCUUUCGUUUAGGGACCGGGGAGAAAACGCAAUAACUCAAAAACAGUGGAAAGUUUCCUGUGCAAAAUGUCCAAAUGUCAUCAGUUUGACCGGUUUUAAGGGAAUGAAAAGCUGAGAAAACGAUGAAAAACGUUUCUGAUAAGACUUCAGUAGGUCUUGUGUGCAUAUUUUAUGCGGUUGAAAUACUGUCUGCUUGCAUAAGUGUCAAAGAUAACACAUUACAGCACAUUUGCAUUUUCUCAAGAGAUGCUGAAAGAAAGAAAUCAUAUUUCUCCACUCAUGUUCCCGAGACAAAAUUAACAUGUCUAUAAUUUUAAUGCAAGAAAGGCAUAAUUCUGCAGAAGUUUAUAUUAUAUUACGGUACAUGUCAGAGGUUAUAGGCCUACAGUCAGUGUCCAUAUUUCAGUAACUAUGCCAUUUAAAUUACGAAUAUUCUGUUUAUUCAUCGAUACAGGGAUACUCGUGAACGGGAUAUCAAAAGGUGUAUGUAAACAGCUUAUCCCGAAUAAGACCUUAAGCUGGAUGAGCUACUUACUAUCAAGAACACUGUGCGCAUGUAAACGUGGUCACUGUUCCCCUCCCCGUAUUUCUCUCUCACAGUGCCACAAUGCAGAGCAGCUGUAUGUAUGGCUACUCCACUUCAUAGCCAAUAACUACCUAAUCUUCAGCCACAAGCCCGACUUCCUGGAGCUCUCAGGUGAGAAACCAUCUGGCAGAUUACAGGACAUAUUGAUAACUCAAAGCUACUGACUAAGUAAGAUUGAUGUUGCAAGCCCCAUGCUUCCACCAACUGAGCAAUUGGACCCGCAUGAGUGUCACCAUACGCUAAGGCUAAUGCCAGCUGUGAAAGCUAAUGGCUUUUUAAUAACAGCUUUUUGUAUAUCAUAUGAUGAAGGGUUCAGGUGAAGUGCAAACACAUUCAGUAGGCAUACUGUCUGUUAUAAUAGCGCAGAUUAUUAAGUAGAAGACAUAUACAUUCUGAAAGGGGGCAGAUGUGGUGCAAUAGUGGAUUUCUAAAGCAUGAAAAAAAAAAAAAAAAAAAUUCAAGGUCCUUCCCAUUUUGUAAAUAGGGCUUGCAAACCUACCACGCUAAAUUGGCGUUUACCUUUCCUAAAGCCUGUCAAGCCACUAGAUCCCUGGUUAUGACAGAUUUAGAAGACACACACUGGUUAAAUAAGCACACAUGGCACUUUUAGUAUCAUCUAUAACAGGUUUAUUUCCAUUAACAAUGUUGUCAUCGUACACAAGUGCAUAUAUAAGGUCAAAUGGACGGGUCUGGAAGGGCAUAAGUGAAGAGAUACACCAUACAAAGACUAGACAGUAGGCCUACUACACAUGAUUAUUCACACUGAUGCAGUUCUCAGGUGGAAGCACAGGGGUAUCAGGCAGAACAUGCAGGGGGCUCGAUGGCUAUAUUAAAAUGUUUGUUUAGGCAAUGACAGAAAAAUAAAUACUGGCACUGUGUGUGUGUGUGCGGUUGACAUGAUGUCGCCAUGGUGAUAUCGUCCCGGCAACCUUGUGUUUUUGUUGUCUCGGUCGACAGAUGAGGAGCGGGAACAGGUGGAGAGACUGCGCUGGCCAUCCCGAGGCUACCUGCAGGAGCUGAGCGAGUAUCAGCAGCGCCGACGCAAACUCAAGAAGUCCCGCUGCCUCGUCAUGUGA